AGAAUCUGUCUGCAGUUACACAGAGACACAGCUCAACUCUGACCUUUAACCUUUCAUCUGAACACCACGGCACCACGAUCACCUGUGAGGUCAGGUUUGCAUGUGGCACAACUAGAAAGACGAGUCAGACUUUGAACGUGAAAUAUAAAAGAAAACUUCAGAUCAUUGGGAACACAACGGUUCCAAAGGGGAGUGAUCUGAGUCUGACCUGCAGUGUUGAAAGUUUCCCUCCAGCAGUUAUCAUGUGGAGCAAACCCUCAGCUCACAGAACUCACCUCCUCAACAACACUGGAUCAGCUUCUCUUGUCAUCUCAAAUGCAACAGCAGAGGAUUCUGGGCAGUACACCUGCACAGCAACAUACCUAAACCAGAAGGAGACUGCACAGGUUGAUGUAACCGUGACUUGUAAGUAAGACUCAAUAAAACCUGAUUCAGACUCUUGAGUUCUCCAUGACCUGCAUGUCCAAUGAGGAUGUGCUGAAUUAUGGCUAAUUUGGAAAAAUUUUCUUCAACGUGAACACAUAUGUGAUACUGCUGCACUUCAAAUGGUGUUUUCCUGCUGUUUUCUAUGUUUCCAAGACUGUCAUGUGCCCUCAUCAAGUUCUUUAUUACAGCAGCUCAU